UGUGCGUUCAGAGGAGGCAUCAGCUGCGGGAAGAAGAGACAGCAGACCUAAAUUGCAGGCGACCAUUCCUUCACUGCUGGUGUCUUUUCUCAGCAAGCCACCUGCAGAAAUAAAAAGAAGUCGGUCAUUUGCUGCACAUUUGAAGUGUUUCUCCCCAGGGCUGAAGCUCUCCAAUAUGUGUCGGAUCUAACACCUCCGGAGAAAUCGAGGAAUAUCAGACUCCCGUGGUGGAUGUGGACAUCUAAACUGUGGACAUGGAAAAGAUAGUGAAUUUAUCCCUUUCUGUUCUGCUGGUUUUAUGGGGAUGUGCGCUUGGAGGCUCGCCCAGUGUUCAAAUUGGGGGACUCUUUCCAAGGGGCGCGGAUCAAGAGUACAGCGCAUUUCGGAUAGGAAUGGUUCAGUUUGGCACCUCGGAAUUCAGAUUGACGCCCCACAUUGACAAUCUGGAAGUGGCUAAUAGUUUUGCUGUGACCAACUGCUUCUGUUCACAGUUCUCAAGAGGAGUGUACGCCAUCUUCGGAUUCUACGACAAGAAGUCUGUCAACACCAUCACGUCAUUUUGUGGGACGCUCCAUGUGUCCUUCAUUACGCCCAGCUUCCCUCUGGAUGGGAAUCAGCAGUUUAUCAUCCAGAUGAGACCCGAUAUCAAAGGGCCCCUUCUCAGCCUUAUCGAGUACUACAAGUGGGACAAGUUCGCCUACCUGUACGACAGCGAUCGAGGACUUACGACGCUGCAGGUUGUUCUGGACACAGCGGCAGAGAGGAAGUGGCAUGUGACAGCAAUCAACGUGGGGAACCUGAAAGACGAGAGGAAGGAUGAGGCCUACCGCUCUCUGUUCCAAGACUUGGAGAACAAAAAGGAGAGGAGGGUGAUCCUGGACUGUGAACAGGACAAAGUCAAAGACAUCAUGGAGCAGAUCAUCACAAUUGGCAGACAUGUUAAAGGCUACCACUACAUUAUAGCCAAUCUGGGUUUCAUUGAUGGGGACCUAACCAAAAUCCAGUAUGGCGGUGCCAACGUGUCGGGCUUUCAGAUUGUUGACUUUGAGGAUCCUUUGGUGUCCAAGUUUGACCAGAGAUGGGAAGCCCUAGAAGAAAAGGAGUAUCCUGGUGCUGACAGUAAAAUAAAGUACACAUCAGCGUUGACCUACGACGCCGUGCAGGUGAUGACGGAGGCCUUCCGCUACCUGCACAAGCAACGCAUCGACUUCACCAGGAGGGCCAACACUGGGGACUGCCUGGCCAACCCCGCUGUCCCCUGGGCUCAGGGAGGGGAGAUAGAGCGAGCACUAAAACAGGUGCGUGUGGAAGGCCUGACAGGAAACAUCCAGUUUGAUCAACAUGGCAAGAGAGUCAACUACUCAGUCAACAUAAUGGAGUUAAAGACUAACGGCCCUGUAAAGAUUGGCUACUGGAAUGAAGUUGACAAAAUGGCCGUCACCAAAUCUGAUGUCUUUGCAAAUGAAUCGACAGGAAUGGAAAACAAAACAGUGAUUGUCACCACAAUCUUGGAAGCUCCAUAUGUAAUGCUGAAAAAGAACUCUGAACAGUUUACUGACAAUGAGCGCUACGAGGGUUACUGUGUAGAUCUGGCUGCGGAGAUAGCGAAGCACUGCGGCUUCAAAUAUCAACUGAAAAUAGUGAGUGAUGGGAAAUACGGAGCCAGAGAUGCGGAGACCAAAAUCUGGAACGGGAUGGUUGGAGAGCUGGUGUACGGGAAAGCUGACAUUGCAGUGGCUCCUCUGACCAUCACUUUGGUACGAGAGGAAGUGAUUGACUUCUCCAAACCCUUCAUGUCUCUGGGAAUCUCCAUCAUGAUAAAAAAGCCUCAGAAAUCCAAACCUGGUGUCUUUUCUUUCCUGGACCCGCUGGCCUACGAGAUCUGGAUGUGUAUCGUGUUUGCCUACAUAGGCGUAAGCGUGGUGCUGUUCCUUGUCAGCCGCUUCAGCCCGUACGAGUGGCACACUGAGGAGUAUGAGGACGGGCAGAUCCAGACCAAUGAGUCAACGAAUGAGUUUGGCAUAUUCAACAGCCUGUGGUUCUCCCUUGGAGCCUUCAUGCGCCAAGGCUGUGACAUCUCACCUAGAUCUCUGUCUGGGCGUAUUGUUGGGGGCGUUUGGUGGUUCUUCACUUUAAUCAUCAUCUCCUCCUACACCGCCAACCUGGCUGCUUUCCUGACUGUUGAGAGGAUGGUCUCCCCCAUUGAAAGUGCAGAGGACCUUGCCAAACAGAGUGAGAUAGCCUAUGGGACUCUGGACUCUGGCUCUACCAAAGAGUUUUUUAGGCGCUCAAAAAUUGCCCUCUUUGACAAAAUGUGGACAUACAUGCGCAGUGCGGAGCCCUCUGUGUUUGUGAAAACCACAGCCGAGGGGGUUGUGAGAGUCCGCAAGUCCAAGGGGAAGUACGCCUACCUGCUGGAGUCCACCAUGAACGAGUACAUCGAGCAGCGGAAACCCUGCGACACCAUGAAGGUUGGAGGAAACCUCGACUCCAAAGGAUACGGGAUCGCUACGCCGAAAGGAUCCUCAUUAAGAAAUGCGGUUAACCUCGCAGUACUAAAACUGAAUGAGCAAGGCCUGUUGGACAAAUUGAAAAACAAAUGGUGGUACGACAAAGGAGAGUGCGGCAGCGGGGGAGGUGAUUCCAAGGAGAAGACCAGCGCUCUCAGCCUGAGCAACGUGGCUGGGGUGUUCUACAUUCUGGUCGGAGGACUCGGCUUGGCCAUGCUGGUGGCCUUGAUUGAGUUCUGUUACAAGUCCCGAGCCGAGGCCAAGCGAAUGAAGGUGGCAAAGAAUGCACAGAAUAUUAACCCACCUUCCUCGCAGAAUUCCCAGAAUUUUGCAACUUAUAAGGAAGGUUACAACGUAUAUGGGAUCGAAAGUGUAAAAAUUUAGGGGAUGACCUUUGGGGAUGCCAUGAGGAACAAAGCAAGACUUUCCGUCACUGGGAGUACCGGGGAGAAUGGUCGGGUGAUGACUCCAGAGUUUCCUAAAUCUGUCCACGCUGUCCCGUACGCGAGACCUGACAUGGGACUAAACGUCAGCCUGACAGAUCUGUCCUGAUCAAUGAGAAACUUCUGAGUGCCUUACAAUGGUUUCAAUAGAGCGUUUUUUUUGUCUUUUCCGUCCUGCCCUCCCUCCUUCUGUUCUGCGGCUUUUUCUGUCUGUCUGGUGAAAAAGGAAAAAGAUGGAGGCUUCAUUUUGUGGCUCACAAAGACUUGUAUUGUUGCUCUCUGUCUCUAUUUCUCGCCGUAUAAAACCCCUCUUUCUCUCUGGGUGGAAUUAUAUCUCGGAAUAUAAAAGGGAGACUCUUUUUUUCUAAACUGAUGACACCACACUUUCCUAUCUUACUGUCUGGACUGGACUGAAACAGAGACGAGGGCUUGAUUGACGGCAACGGCUGCUUCUGGGAGUCCGAGUUUCAGCCAUCUCAACUGUGUGUGUGUGUGUGUGUGUGUGUGUGUGUGUGUGUGUGUGUGUGUGUGUGUGUGUGUGUGUGUGUGUGUGUGUGUGUGUGUGUGUGUGUGUGUGUGUGUGUGUGUGUGUGUGUGUGUGUGUGUGUGUGUGUGUGUGUGUGUGUGUGUGUGUGUGUGUGUGUGUGUGUGUCUCAGAGGAAGAUUUCGUCAAAAUCACACUGUUUCUGUAGCCCCCUCCGCCGAACAGGAUUUUCAAGCACACUUGAUAUCAUCUGCAUUAAGAUGUGAAAAUGUCCUUUUUUUUCUAAGAAAAUCUAAAAAAAAGUUUAUUGAAAAAAAGUAUUUUUAUGUAUUUUCACAAAAUAGCUUUUAAAUAAACUUGCUUACUGGUUGGAUAUAACAUCUUAAUGUGUGAGUAUUCAAAAGGAAUAAAAUACUAAACAGCUUAUAGUUCCAUAUUUUUAAAGCCAAAUACAUUGCAUAUGGGGCUGAGAUGUUGAAAUCAUGUAAUUAAUUCUUAUUCUAAACUUUUCCUGUAUAUUUUAUUCUUUAACAUUUGGUGUUGAUAUGAAAUAUAUGUCAAUGCUUGAAAUUUGGAAUCAAUCCUUCUACGUUUUACUUGUUAGAGUUGGUACAGCAAUUUUGCUUUAUACUUUUGUCUUUUUGUUUUGCUUCCGCGCUUUUGUUGUUCGUAUUUUUUCUGCCGAGAACCAGGGUUGUUCUACUUUGAAAAAGGAAAUUGAACUGUUUACAUGCCAUCAAUGCAAAACAAAAAGUAUUAUCGCAUCACAUUUUAAAGUGACAUCAAAAAGAGGCAUUGACAUCUACACAGUGGUUUUAAAUGCCAAAUAAGUGACAGUGCCAAAAUCUAGUGCCAGUAGAUAUGAAUAUAGUCGUAAUAUAAUCAAUCACUGUCAUCUCAGUGAAUGUAAAUUAUACAUUCUGUAAUUUUUGUAACUAGAUGUACAGUUGGUGGCAAUGACAGUGCUAAUACAAUAGCCUUUACGCUUUGUUUCUCCAUGUAUUUUGCAUUGAUCUGACAAUAAAGUAGCACCAGUUGCAUGUUGUUGCAGAAAAUAUUACAUAAGUUUAUUUCAUUACUGCCAAACAUGCAUUUUCAUUUAAAUGUUGAAGUUGUGAGGUUAAUUGUUUGAAAUUGGAAAUAUAAUGUUAGACAUAUAUACAAUAUAUACAUAUAUACAUAUAUUUUAUACAAAAAGUUUGAAUAUGAAAAAUGAUAGCCCCUUUUCAUCAAAGCUACUCUGCUUCCUUUAAAUACUAAAUUUGGUUACUUAUUAAACUAAUGUUUUUUUUUUAGCUAUUUAGUCCCAACAUAAGUUAUUUAGAAAACUUAUGCAGACAAGCACUUUUAAUUAUAAGGCACACUUUGUUUUAUUUUUUCUAAAAUUGACUUAUGACGAGUCCUCAACUGCAACACACAGGAAGGUAAACUGUAUUAAUAUUAUUACUGUUGUUUUUUUAAAUGAACAAUAUAAACAUGUAGUUGCUUAUCAAAUUUCAUCGCAUAUUCAAGCUAUUCUCACUGACAUUUUGUAUAUGGAAUGUGUGCUGACUUGUUUAUUUUUUGGGACUCUUUCUAAAUAAAAGUGGCUGAUCUCUUGUUA